ACACACUGGACAAAUAAAAUAGACCAUAAACAUUAAACUUCAUUUACAGGUGCUGAGCGAUAUAACUGCACUGGACAUUCGGACAACUUCUGUUUGGGUCAAUAAAGUGACGACUUUGGGGGUGAGCACUCAAUAUUGGAUCAUAUAAGAACGAUACCAAAGAGGAGGAACCAACAUCUUUACCAACAUGACACAGAAAAAGGUUGCCCCAACAGUGAGCACAGUGGCUGGAAACAUGCCUCCAAGCUAUGAAGAGGCAAACGCAGGCUGUCCGAGCUACUGUUACACAGAUGGUACAUUUUCCUGGGAGGACAAGAACAUCAGACGCGUCUUUAUCAGAAAGGUGUAUUCCAUUCUGAUGCUGCAGCUGCUUGUUACCAUAGCGAUUGUGGCUGUUUUCACGUUUUCGCCACCAGUAAGGUUCUACGUUCAGACUCAUCCUGGACUUUACUCUCUGUCCAAUUUGCUAUUUCUUGGAACAUAUUUGACGUUGUCUUGCUGCGCAGAUGUAAGGAGGCAGUUUCCAUGGAAUCUGAUUCUGCUAACAAUCUUUACGCUGUGCAUGGCCUGCAUGCUGGGCUUUGUUUCCAGCUACUACAACACAAAGUCAGUGGUUCUCUGCUUGGCUAUCACCGCUGUGGUGUGCCUCUGCGUCACUAUCUUCAGCUUCCAGAGUUCGGUUGACAUCACUUCUUUCCAGGGUGUUCUGUUCACACUUUGCAUGGUCAUGCUCUGCUGUGCGCUGGUCAUGGGAUUUGUAGUCCCGUUUGGAUAUGUUCCCUGGUUACACGCAAUCUACGGGGUCGUAGGAGCAAUCGUCUUUACCAUGUUUCUGGCGUUUGACACUCAGCUGCUGAUGGGGAAUAAGUCGUACGCUAUGAGCCCUGAGGAGUACAUAUUCGCUACUCUGAGUCUCUACCUGGACAUCAUCUACCUCUUCACCUUCCUGCUACAGCUUUUUGGCGAAGGAAGGGAUUAA